UCCGCUUUGCGCAGCGUCGUAAAGAUGGCGGGGGUCGCUGAGGACGGGAGGGAGGCUCCUGCCGGCUCUGAACCCGAGCCCGAGCCUUCCGGCCCGAUGGAGCAGCGGCCCAGCACCCGCUCCAACCCCGAGGGGGCAGAGGACAGGCAGGAUCCGCCCGGGCAAGGGGCGCAGGCCGGCAGUAGGGAGGGAGAUGGGGAGGCUGGGACUGAGAGUCCAGGAGCCGGGGGAAGGACCAGGAGCAGCCGGAGGAGGCACCAGGAGCAGGAGCCCCAGGCCCAGCCCCAACCCCACACCCUGCCCCAACCUCAACCCUCAUAUCAAAGUCAGCCCCAAUCUCAAUCCCAAAGUCAACCCCAAUCUCAGCCCCAAAAUCAAUCCCAAUUCCUGUCCAAGUCCCAGUCCUUACCCCAGUCUCAAAGCCAGCCCCAGUUUCAAAACCAGUCUGCGCCCUCAGGCCAAUCUUCAUUCCUGCCCCAAUCUCAAAGCCAACCCCAGUUUCAAUCCCAACUCCAGUUGCCGGCACAGUUCCAAAGCCACCCCCAGCCUGAGACUCAGAUCAGAACUCCGAAGGUUAACUGCCCCGAGAAAGUGAUCAUCUGUUUGGACCUUUCAGAGGAGAUGUCGCUGCAGAAGCUGGAUUCGAUGAAUGGUUCAAAAACGAAUGCAUUAAACAUCGCUCAGAAAAUGAUUGAAAUGUUUGUCCGGACAAAGCACAAGAUUGACAAGCGGCACGAAUUUGCUCUCGUGGUGGUGAACGAUGAGGUCACUUGGUUGUCAGGAUUCACCUCUGACCCCCGGGAGGUUUGCAGCUGCUUAUAUGACCUGGAUACGAAUGUCUGUGAGUCAUUCAAUCUGGAUGGACUAUUUAACCUCAUACAGCAGAAGAUUGAGUUGCCAGUAACGGAAAAUGUUCAGACUAUCCCACCACCAUACAUCGUACGGAUGAUUCUGGUCUACAUUCGAACACCCUGCCACCCACAGGCCAUCUCCAUUGAGCGGCUCAGUGACAACCCCAAUGUCCCAGGAAUCUGCCAAGUGAACCUUUGCUACACUCCCUUUGAGAAAAUUCUGCAAUCUCCUUACUUUUUCUUUGACAUGAUUUACAUUCACAAUGGGACGGAAGAAAUGGAUGAGGACUCCAUCUGCAAGGAAGUUUAUUCAUUUUUCAAUAACUUGGAUACAAAGGGGACCAGCUACAAAUAUGAUGUGUCACUCACCGGGCAGGCUGUGGAGCUGCAUAACUGCAUGGCCAAGUUACUGGCACACCCGCUGCAGAGGCCGAUCCAAACUCAUGCAGUUUAUAGCCUGCUUGAGGAUGAGGAGGGAGUGGAGGUGGAAGCGACUGUUUGAUGGAAGAACAUUGGCAUGAGAAGUGAAUUAAAACCCUCUCUCUAUCUAUCUAUACAUUAGAGAAGUCUCCAUGUGGGUUUGUGUGCAUACACAGUCUUGGCUAAUCUGCAAGUAUCUUGCUUCAGGACAACCCAGUUCCUUAAUAAAUCUGAGUGUUCCUAGAGUUGAAUCCCCAAUAACACAUGUUCAGCUUUAUCAUUGAGCUGUUUCUACUCUCCUGUUCCAAAUGGACUAUUCUUCUUCUUGAAUUCUACCUGUUCAGUCUAUGACAACUAAUGGCACUUUUCCUGUGAAAUUGGAGAACAGCACAAUUCAAACCUCGGAUGCUUUUGGGAGUCAUUAGUAAAUUGGCACCAAAAAUUACACAAGUCAAUGUACUUCAACAGUGAAUGACAAGUUCAACUCUUCCCUCGAUUAUACAGCCAUCAUCACCCAUUCGUGCCCCCUCCCCCCACCCCAUUUUAUAACUUAUAGACCUGUACCCUAUAGCAUUUUUUCAAAGAAGAACAGUGAAAUGCACCCCAGUCUCCUGCCUGAUUUUCAUCCCUCACUCAGCAUCACUAAACCAGCCUAGUUUGUCUACGUUAUAACACUGUGCUUCGAUGGCUGUAAAGUGUUUAUAUAUGGGUGCCUCGCCCUGUAACUCCAGCCCAUUCUGGCCUUGGCUGGAUGUGGCGUUGUGCUACAGUGAAUGCUUGUGUGCACUGGGAAUUCUUUCUCACUGUCACACGGAGGUUGAGCUGUGGCAUGAGAGUAUCCAGAAUUUCUGGUAGACUACAAACUUCUCCAUUGCGUUGGAAUGCUUUGGCUUCAGGACCCACUGCAGAGACUUGAGCACAUAACCUAGCCUUAUACUUUGUGCAGUACUGAGGAAGUGCUUUGUCACUUUUGGGCAUGGUGUUCAAUCAGGAUCUCGUCUUUCUAUUCCAGUUGGAUUUUAAAGAUUUCAUGGCAUUAAUGGAAGCAGAGAAUGGGGUUUCUGGCAACCAACUCAUCCCCAAAACACACAUUCAGAUGAUGAUUCAUUCUAAUAUGUUUGUGACUUUACUGUGCAUGAUGGCUACUGUGCUUAUAAAAUCUUCACACUUCAGAGUAAUUCAUUAGAUGUGAAGAGUUUCAAGAGGUUUAAAACGCAUAAGCGAUAUGUAAAUACAACUGUGUUGAAGGAAAACAAUUAUUGCCUAACUGUUUUUAGCAAGAAAAUAAAGCUACUGAAAAGA